AGACACGUCGUUGUGUGAGCGAGUGCGUCGAUUUGUGGCGCAGUGCAGCAUUCCUCUUCGAAGCUUCGUUCGUCUUGCACGUGUCUGCAACAGACCUGUUCGUGUACUUCGUUAGGUAUCGGCCGAUAGCAGAAUAUACCGAACAUUGCCGAGCGUUGCCGAUGUGCCGACCGGUCUACGAUGGGAAGGAAGGUCUCGCCAUUGCUCUCUCGAGCGUCGAAGCGACAAGACGCGUUGAGGUCGUGCUCCGGUAUAAGCAGUACAAAAAUGAAUUUUUUGAUUUUGCCGAGUUCCUGGAUAUCCUGAUGGCUUUCUUCACGACUUCCGUUUUGGGCGUUGCUCCAUGAGGAAAGAGUAUGAAUUUUUUGAUUUUGCCGAGUUCCUGGAUGUCCGGAUGAUGGCUUUCUUCACGAUGUCCGUCUUCUACUACAAGGCAGCCUCCUCUCUGGUGUUGUCCAUCCUCCUACUUGACUGUCGGAAGAAGAAUAUAUCUGCGAACGGAAGUAUGCCUUUGAGAUUCUGAAGUGUACCACAUUGUAAAUACGGAAUUUUACGGAAUUUUACGGAAUUUUACGGAAAGAAUAUUAAUAAUAAUGAAUGCAUGGUAUUUGCGAAAGGUAACGUAGUAUAGCAUGCCGUUAGUUGGAUGCAAUAAUUCAGGUGGCGCUUAAAUCAGCAAACAUGGCCUGUUUUACCGAUGCGGAAUUCGGAUAUAUUUGGUAGUCGAUAAAUUGUCGGGUAGGUUCCAUUGCUUUCCGAUGGGUGAUGCCAAAAGUUAUAUUGUACAAUUGUAGCGUAUAGCUACCGCGUAAUCAAUUUCUAACUGUUUUACCUGCGGAGAAAAAUAAGGAGAGCGAAAUAAAAUAAUUUAUUUAAUCGCACACAUCAAUAUAUGUAUAAAAUAUGCUAAUUGCUAAAUACUUAAACUAUUAUUAACGCUGAAUAAAAACGGGUGGUACAGAGAAGAAGAAGUUUUUGCUUUGCGGAAAGAACUCCAGCUACGACGGAAAUAGGUGUCGCUAAAAAUUAUGCGGUAAAGAAAUUUAUUGAAAAUGUACUUUCCGGCAGGGUAGUUUUCCAGAAGAAGGGGUCGCCACACAAUCGGUAAACUGUAUACAUAUCUUAUAAUAGAUUACAAUUUAUAGGAAAAUACUAUAAUAGAUAGGAAAGAGUACUCGUUACUUGUACACGAUAGCAUACCAAAUAACAAAUUUCAAUUCAUCUAUGAUAAAUAAUAAAUCUUUAAAAUGAAAUUAUUUAAAUGUUGAACUGAACUGCUUUUAUAUCAUUAAGAGUUAUGAAAUAGUUGGAAAAAGCUGGUUGUCUUUAGCUUUUAGCGAUCAUCAGAAUUCAAUCUCUUGACGCCAAUGGAGUUUCGUUGAAUCGUCUAUAAUCCGUGGCUUGGUGUCACGUUACAGAAUUGUAAACAGAAAUUCAGUCAACAAAGACAGAUUCUAUAUCUAAUUUGUCUUCUGUGAUUCUUCUGUUCCUGAUGUAUAAGGUAUAAGAUAUAAUUGGAAAUCAUAUGGUUAAUAAUAACAUUUUUAUCGGUUGUUUUGCAAAGUAAUUCUUGGGUCUUAAAAAUUCGGUAAUUUAAAACGCAAGUGAAUUCUUUUGUUUCUCGUAAGUUGAAGACAAAGCGUUUAUAUAUUAAUUCUGUGUCUUAUCGUUAAUGCAUUUCAUGCAUGAAAGCUGCGAAAAGAAUCGUUAAAUUAUCAUGGUUAACAAAGGAGAUACGUUAUUGAAGAAAGAAAGGUACCUCGAUGCGUUGUUGAAGGAAGGGAAAAGAUGUUUAGCGAUGAUACAGGAAAUGUAUGACUGUUGUAAAACAGAAUCGAAUCUGUAUAAGAAACUGUUGUUUGCGAUGGAUCGCUAUUCACGAUAUAAAACACAAGUAAGAGAAGAUAUGGAAGAAUUGAAGGAAAUGUUUGAAGAAAUAGAUGACAUGGUAGACGAAGAUGAAGAAUCAGAUGAGGAGAUAGAUGACGAAGAUGACUUUGUACCGAUAGAGCUGGAAGACUUUGAAGAACAAAACGUAGAAGAAGAAGAAGAAGAAGAAGAAGAAGAAGAAGAAGAAGAAGAAGAAGAAGAAGAAGAAGAAGAAGAAGAAGAAGAAGAAGAAGAAGAAGAAGAAGAAGAUUUCCUGCUCGAGGAACAAAUUCGAUACUUUCAUAAUAUAAUACAUCGAAAGAACGCCUUAGCAAAUCUGGAAAUGAUACUUUUACGGUUGCUCGACAUAGACGCAAAGCUAAUGAGUCUUCAAUUGUCGAUAUAUUCAAAGUUGAAAAUUUGUUUGAAAGAAUAUUGCGGAAAAGUGAGAGUAGUUUUGAAACGUAGUGUAAAUUUCAUGAAAUCCGUGAACGAUUUUAAGGGGAGACAGUUAGCCCAGAGGACUCUGAAUAAAUACAGGAAGCUGCAACAACUUUUAACUGACCUUAUAGAGAGUCGGUGCAGUGGAGAGAUCGAAGGAAGAGCGAGAGGUCUCGAGUGGAGAGGAGCGGCGAGAGCAGAAGAAAGAGACGGACAGAAGGGAUAGGCGUAGGAGCGAUAAAGAGAGGAAAGUAGGGGUUCGGGCGGUCCGCAGGCUUGGCUGUACUGGUGCGUCAGUCAGGCUCGAGACACCCGCGUGAACGGAGCGGUGGUUGCCUCCCUUAUUCGUUCGGGUAUCCGUAACACCCUUCGUGCAUUCGAUUUUGUGCAGCGUUUCAACCAUCUCCCAGAAGAGGAGCUACGCAGAGAAGCGAGAGAGAG